CGGAGGACUUUGAGACCACGCCUCGUCUCCAAAGCACCCAAUUAGCAAACGCGCGAACUGGUCCGUGUUGAGGUGCUAAUUAGGAGCUGACACAGUCCCAGGUUACGCUAACCAUACUAGAUAGCGACGCCAUAACCACGCUCAAUGCGGAAGGCAGUGGAAGAGUCAGACACAUGCGCUGCACGAAUGACGCAUACAUGUCUACUAUACAAUUGUUACGUUUCUUUUUAGCUACAGCGCUUUUGCAAGCUAAACGUCCGCGUACAAGAGUGCACACAACUAUGAAUCUGCUCUGCGCAGUGAACAGGAAAACUUGGCGCGGACUCUUAUUGCGCGAUAAUAUAUCAUUGCUCCCGCUUCCACGUACGCAUGCGAAUCGUCCGACGCCUCACCAGAAAACGCGUCAGCGAGGUCCUGCGCAAGAGCCCCGAACAGACGACGCAGACAAGUGAAGCUCCAUGGCACCGUGCCAUGCGAGAAUAUUGCACGCUUUUUGAUCAGGUCCGUUUACUAUUAAUCCCUCCUCCUUUUUCGCCGGGAUUCAUCAGCGUGCAAGGGUGCGCAGUCGCCUGUUUAUCGCCGGUGGCGAUUGCCCAUCGCCGAUGCAAGUUUCCCGCUGAAAGCGCCGGGAGUGUCUCUCUGGGCGACCGGUUUGACGCACUGGGCUGCGGCGACAAGCAGCAGCAGCAGCAGCAGCGCGGUUCGCUUGGUCUCCUGCGGCGCAACGAGUGAACGUCGACAAACCGUAUACGUGCCAGCGCGCGCGUUCGCGCUAUUUCCAAGUGUCCUGGUGUGACUAUGCUGUUGACAUCGCCAGCGAGAGCAGUGGCCGUGGCCGCUACGAUGGUCUUGACCGGGCUAGCAACUGUAGACGCCGCGGUGAGAGUGAGGAGGGAGUCGUGUCGAGCGCGGCACCUCGUCCGGGUCGACGAGACGACGGACGGUCGCUGCAUGCCCUUGCACGAGUGCCUACAGUCGCUGAAGGAUGUGGGCAGACUCAAGUUCCCCAUGUUCUGCGGCGUGCGGGGCCUGCUGCCCGUCGUGUGCUGCCCCAACAAGGACCCGCCUCCAACGCCUGCCCCUGCACCAGCAACUCCUCCACCACCGGUGCCAACUCCAGACCGUUCUCAACCAGUCGUCGGAGAACCGCCUGCAGGGACUCCGUGCACGGUGGCCGAGUCCGGCCUGCCGGGCGCGUGCGUUCCCCUGGACAGCUGCGGGCCGCUGCAGGAGCAGGUUCGGCAGAAGAAGUUCCCGUCGCUGUGCGACCUGAAAGAGGGCGUCGCGUACGCCUGCUGCCCACGAGCCCAGUCGCCGAGCCGGAUGGUGAUGACCACGCCCAUUCCGCCCACGCGACCCCCUCUGGACAGAGCCGUAAAGAUCGCCGGACUCAAGUACGAGAACGGAAAAUACUGUGGCAAGACUCCUAGUAAACCUGGUCAUAUCGACUUCAGACCAGUCGUGAAAGGUGGGAAGGACGCAGAGCUUGGUUGCUAUCCGUUUAUGGUGGCCGUAUUCCGGGACAGUGUGAGGGUGCUGAACUUCUGGUGCGGAGGAACUUUAAUUUUGAGAUAUGUGGUCCUAUCGGCUGCUCACUGCUACUAUGGCGACUUGCGUGACACGCGAUACGUGGUCCGCAUCGGAGGCGUCAGCAUAUCGGACGCCAGCACCGAGCCCUUCGUGGAGCGCCAAGUGGAAUCGGUUCACGUGCACCCGGACUUCGACGACCGGUUUCACUACAACGAUGUGGCGCUUCUCUUCCUCAACCGAUCGGCGCAGCAGCACAUCACGAAGCCGUUCGCCUGCCUGCCCGAGCCGGGCUCCGUGCCCGAUUCGCAGCACGCCACCGUGCUAGGCUGGGGACACGACGAUUUCGGAGGAAGACUGCAGACGAUUCUCCAGGAGGCCAGGAUACCGCUCGUCGACAAUCCGUCUUGUGAGCGUGCCUAUAAGAAGCUGGACUCAUACGAGACCAAGUUCCCUCGCGGCAUCAACGACGACUUUCUAUGUGCCGGGAACAUCACGGACGGUGGUGUCGACGCCUGCCAGCAAGAUUCGGGUGGACCGCUGGUGAUGAACUCUACCCGGGACGGACGGAAUUUCUUCGAAACUAUCGGCAUCGUCUCGUUCGGCGUCGGUUGCGGGUCCGCCGCCUACCCUGGCGUCUACACAAGAGUCUCAACAUACGUGGACUGGAUACUCAACGUCAUGGCAGACGUCAUACCGGACAAACGAAUAUACGUUUUGACCAGGGGCCCGUGUCGCGCCAGGCACCCGACGAAAAACUUCGAGCUGACCGACGGCCGCUGCAUGCCGGUGCACGAAUGCCUGCAAUCGUUGAAGGACGUGGGCCGCCUGAAGUUCCCCAUCUUCUGCGGUGUCGAGAUCCUCCUGCCCAUUGUGUGCUGUCCGCUCAGGAACCGUCCGCGCGGGACGACGGCGACUCCUAACGAACAAGUCGCCGUGACACCACCACCGGCGUUGCCAACAAUGGACCGAUCUGAAGCAGUCAUCAGCGAACCACAAGAAGAGCCACACCGCUUCGCGCUAAGUAGCCAGCCGGCUGUUCCUGUCGUUUUUUCCGGAUCAGCAGAUGAACCAUCGGCUGAGUGCGAGACACCCAGUGGCCAGCAGGGCGCCUGCCUGCCUUUGGAGAGCUGCAUGCCAUUGCGCGAACAAGUGCUCCGCAAGGAGUUCCCACCACUGUGCGACCUGCGAGGCACCACGCCGUACGCCUGCUGCCCUGCGAGGCUCUUCCGCCAAGGCUCGCAUCACAUCGAUGCCGUAGAGACGACUCCUGCUCCACCAGACGAUGACAUGUCGAGUGCGGCCGUCAACAGAGCCAUUCGCGUGACGCAGAUCAUGCUCGAGAACAACCGGUAUUGUGGCAAGACACCCGCGCAACAGUCUAUGCGGCCAGGGAGGUACACUCCUACCGUGCUUGGAGGCCGCUCUGUAAACCUCGGAAGGUACGCUUUUGCUGUGGCCAUAUUUCGAGAUGAAGUGAAAAUCCUGAACUACUGGUGCGGCGGCACGCUGAUAACUUCCCGGGUCGUCCUCUCUGCUGCCCAUUGCUUCGUAUAUUCACUGAACGACACCAAGUACAUCGCACGAGUUGGCGGCGUCAACAUAUCGGACGUGAGCAACGCCACGUUCGUGCAGAGAAACGUGGCGUCGGUGCACCUGCACCCGGAGUACAACGACCGGCACCACUACAACGACGUCGCCCUGCUGCUGCUCGAUUUGCCCGCGCGACAGCGAGGCGUGCCACAGCCGUUCGCUUGCUUGCCGGACGCCGAUUCGGCCGCGACAGUGCACGGAAUAGCCACCGUUCUGGGCUGGGGACACAACGCCUUCGGUGGCACCCUGCAGACUGUCCUCCAAGAAGCGCAGGUUCCUCUUGUGGACAACGCCGCAUGCGACCGCGCGUACCACUCCUUGGGUAGCUACGACCGCGAGUUUCCGCACGGCGUCAACGAGCACUUUGUCUGUGCCGGAAACACUACGGACGGUGGCGUAGACGCCUGCCAGCAAGACUCUGGGGGCCCGCUGGUCGUGAACGUGGAUCGUGACGGCGGAACCUACUACGAACUCGUCGGCGUCGUGUCCUUCGGUGUCGGCUGCGGCUCGGCUGCCUUCCCAGGGGUGUAUGCUAGCGUGUCACAUUUCAUGCCCUGGAUUCUCAAUGCGACGGCCAACAUCAUUCCCGAGGAAGCGUACGACCGCACAAAUUUCAUCUGAGCACUAUGCAAUGGCGUCUCAUCAUCUGAAAGACAUUGCUCAAGCAGGAUCUUGUUUUUGGCAAGUUGGCCAUUCGUGUCGAAGGGCAACACGUAGCGCGAGACAGCGAGGACAGCAACGUAUGUAGUGUACCUUCCGUGAAAUACGAAAUAGAGUCGUAGGACAUAGAGUAAUAGAAUAAUGGAACUACCAAUUGGAGCUGGCAGUUGGUAGUUGAGGCCAGCUCUUACUCAAUGUUCAUGUCCUCGUCGGUUUACGCCACUUAUUGCCAUUCGACAUAAAAGACAUUUAUCCUGCGCCUGAUGGCACAGAACGCGCCUGCAGGUGUCAUAGGCAGGUUUUGCUGGUUGCGCGAAUUCAAGACUGUACCGUUUGUCGGUUUCACCUGAUGCACUGGAACUAUUGAGGAACCAAACUGAGCUGCCGCUCCACCCGGUGUGACCCAAGUGCCCAGGCCUGGCUUCACCUAUCACUGGCGCGCGUUGAACGGUUUACGCCUUCGUACCACGGGGCGUGAAAUAUGUUUUGUUGCGAGUUCAGACGAGCAAGUUCACUUCUAUUUUCCUUCUGUUUGUGUCUAUUGCUUCCGUUUUCAAGAUCCAAUACGAACUAAGCCGCCAAUGUAUACCCUGCUUUAGGCUGAAGUGCUAGCUGUCACUGUACACAGCAUAAAGCAGAACCAAGCGAUGGAAUAGGCACAUGUUACAUUUUGCACGCACGUGUGUUCAGGGAACGUUCUCUUUCGCUCAUCCUUCUAGUCCGUCAUACUCUGUGCAGGGUAACCUACUGGAUGCUAUUAAUGCUAACCACCCCACACAAUUCUCUACAUGUUAUUCUCUCUGAUUUGCCGCUACCGUUGCAAUUAAAUUAUUAUGUUGACGAUUCCAAUGAUGAUGACGGUAGCAAAAAAGGAGUCAUUUUAUUAGCGCCACCAGGGGAGGUUUUAUUUGUCUUUUCGUAUUCAAUUAUUUUUGCAAUAAGUUCCUACGCCACCUUACGAGCCCUGUUCUGCCUGCUGUAACGGCCUCGAUUUGUUCGUAUUAAUUGUGACGAAUCGCACAGCUUCAUAGGUAGUGUUGUUCAGCCUGUGCUGUAAAAAAGUUAAUAGAAUGCAGCAAACGAAAAACACUACAAAUAAUUGGACACACAAAGCAGGCUGUGCGAGGAGCUUGCGAGCAUAAACAUAUGUCAUGAAGGAAGUGAACAUCAGCGCUCCUUUCACCCAAGUUCUUUCUACUUCCGACCUGGUAAAAUUUUCAAGCCACAUUUCUGGCUUUUAGUACCGGUCCGUUUCCAUGUAUUAUCAUGCGAACAAAUAAAGAAAUACUUUGAUUUACUCUUCCCCAUA